UGGAAAGGCAGCGGGGAGCUGCGGCUGGGAGCAGCCGGGCUGCAGCUCCUGCUGCCGCGGGAUCCAGGGCCGGGGGGGGGACAGCACUGGGCUCACUGCAAGCCCAGCAACCUCAGUGCCAGGGCUUAAUGCUGCCGAUUUAUAAAACACAUAGAAAAGCGCCUCCAAACAGCCAUUAGCAGUGCCUCAAAGGCGGUGCUGUGUCUGUCCCAGAAACGCUGCUCUUCGUAUCCACUCUGGAUGGAAACCUUCACGCAGUGAGUAAGAGCACAGGAGACAUCAAGUGGACCCUGAAGGAUGGUGAGUAGCAACCCGGGGAAGGGGGGGGGGGCUCGCUCGCAGCCUGGCUCCCUGAGCUUGUCGCUAGCCGGGUUCUGGGGGUGCACCCCCCCAGCCUGGCUCUGGGCUGGCAAUUCCCCCAGCCCCGAGGGACGCUGCCAGCUGCAGCUCCAGCCCCAGGCACGGCCGUGCGUGGGGGGGGGCCGGACCCCCGCUGCCAGCGGUGCCUAUUCUGGGUCUGAAAUGCAAAUAGGCUGCGGCUUGGGCACGGCAUCGCUUGGUAAACACUGCCACGUUGUCCCCGCUCGCAGGGAGAGGCUGCUGACGUCGGCGUUUCGCUCUCUUUUUCAGAUCCCAUUCUGCAGGUGCCGGUUUAUGUGGCAGAGUGAGUGUCCCCCGCCGGGGCAGAGGGCCCUCUGCGGGGCAGGAGCCUUUCCGAGGGGCACGACCGCCCUGGUGAACCAGCAGAUUCACAGCAAGGAAGGGGAACCUCGGGGGAAGGAACCUCCCGGCCCACGCCGUAGCAUUGCCUUAAACCUUCCCUUUGUGCUAGCGCUUCGUGCGUGGCAGUGGGGAACGGCUGCUCCCUGCUGCUGAACUGGAGCCUGUCUGCUGGCAGACGAGAAGCUCUCGGCACCACCACGCGCAAAAGCAUGGGAGGGAAAUUGAGGAAAAUACACCUGGAAGUGCAGGGGGAAGGCAGGGCGGCCGAGAGCUCCCCUGGGGCUGGCAGGCGGCCGGGUGGCGUUACGGUGCUGGGCAGAGCGGGAGUUCAUCUCCCACCAAACCCAGGGCUGGAAGUUGCCAGGAAAGGUCAAGCCCCGUAGUGAAUCACCCCGGAGCAAACUGCUGAGGAGGUUUCUUCAGUGCAGCUUAAUGUGAGCCCUUGGCGUGUGUCUGGGGUGGGGGGCAGCUCACAUUUCAUCCUCCUCUCUCCUCCUUUCCAGACCAGCAUUCCUUCCAGACCCCAAUGAUGGCAGCCUGUAUAUCCUGGGAGGAAAAAACAAAGAAGGCUUGAUGAAGCUCCCGUUCACCAUCCCGGAGCUGGUCCAGUCCUCGCCGUGCCGCAGUUCGGACGGCGUGCUCUACACCGGGAAGAAGCAGGACACGUGGUUCAUCGUGGACCCCAAGUCAGGAGAGAAGCAGACCACUCUCUCAACAGAGGCCUGGGACGGUGUGUGCCCGUCAAGCCCCCUGCUCUACAUCGGCCGUACCCAGUACGUCAUCACCAUGUACGACACCAAGUCACGGGAGCUGCGCUGGAAUGCCACCUUCUCCGACUACUCGGCGCCGCUCUGCGAGGAGUCCUGCCACUACAAGAUGGCACACUUCGCCUCGAGCGGGGACGGGCUGGUGGUGACGCUGGACAAGGAGAGUGGGGAGGUCCUGUGGGCGCAGAAUUACGGCUCGCCCGUGGUCGGCAUCUACGUGUGGCACCAGGACAGCCUCCGCCGCGUCCCCCACCUCAACCUGGCCAUGGAGACCCUGCGCUACCUCACCUUCCAGUCGCAGGACAUCCACCUCCUCAAGUGGAGCUACCAGUCCACGAAGGGCUUCGCCGCCACCAAGACCCAGCUGCUGCCAGCUCUCUACGUGGGGAAGCAUGCAGCCAGCUUCUACGCCUCGACCUCCCUGGUCCACGGCAGCGUGGCUCUGGUGCCGCAGGGCAUCACGCUGGCCAGGAUCGACGGCCCCACCACGGACGACGUGACCAUGAGAGAGUCGGGGGAGUGCGAGAUCACGCCCAGCACCGACGUCAAGUACCCUCAGGGCAGCAUCGCCUCGCUCCACAACCAGUGGCUCCUAAUAGGGCACCACGAGCUGCCUCCCGUGGUCCACACGACGAUGCUGCGAGCCUUCCCGGAGAACCUGAGGAAGACAACGGAAACCAUCAUCCCCAGGGCUCCUCCCGCCAGGACCGUGUUCGAUGAUUUUCUGGCCCCGCGCAGCCCCGGGGAGCCGGCUGUCCGCAGCGAGGGGCAGUUUCAGCCGGACCCCGCGCCGGGGGAGCAGGCGGAGGUGUACCCCGAGGCCAGCAGCUGGGACCUGCUGGUGGCUGGCGUCGGCACGGCUCUGCUGGGCGGCGGAGUCCUGUUCCUGCUGCUCACGAAACUGCAGAAGCAGCACAAGGUACAGCAGCAGCAGCUGGAGAAGCAGAUUCAGCUCCUGCAGCAGCAGCAGGAGAUGCUGCUCCCGGGCCGGGUCCCUGCAGAGCCCGGGGAGCCGGGGCUGAGCCAGGGAAGCUCGUCGCAGGUCUCGCAGAGCUCCAGCCCCUCGGCCCCCCUGAAGGACCCGGCUAACGGGGUGGUCAGCCCGGAUCCGGCUGUCCCGGCGGCUGCUGCAGAUCCAGAACCAGACGUGAUUGUAGUUGGGAAAGUUUCUUUUAACCCCAAAGAUGUGCUGGGCCACGGAGCUGGAGGAACCUUUGUCUUCAGGGGCCAGUUUGAGGGCCGGGACGUGGCCGUGAAGCGCCUCCUGCCCGAGUGCUUCCGUCUCGUGGACCGCGAGGUCCAGCUGCUCCGGGAGUCGGACGAGCACCCCCACGUCGUCCGCUACUUCUGCACCGAGAAGGACAAGCAGUUCCACUACAUCGCCAUCGAGCUCUGCUCCGCCACGCUGCAGGAGUACGUGGAAAAGCCCAGUUUCGAUCGCCGCAGCCUGGACCCAGUAUCUCUGCUGCGUCAGACCAUGUCCGGGCUGGCCCACCUCCACUCCCUCAGCAUCGUCCAUCGUGACCUGAAGCCCUGUAACAUCCUCAUCUCUGUCCCGAAUCGCCACGGGCAGAUCCGAGCCGUCAUCUCCGACUUCGGCCUCUGCAAGAAGCUCCAGGGGGGACGGCAGAGCUUCAGCCUCCGCUCCGGCAUCCCUGGCACCGAGGGCUGGAUCGCGCCCGAGGUGCUGCAGGAGGCCCCGAAGGAGAACCCUACGUGCGCCGUGGAUAUCUUCUCAGCCGGCUGCAUCUUCUACUACGUGGUGUCAGGAGGGCAGCAUCCCUUCGGGGACAGCUUGCGGCGACAGGCCAACAUCUUGUCGGGCUCUUACCAGCUGAGCUGCCUGCAAGAAGAAGCUCACGACAAGCUUGUUGCGCGAGAGCUGAUUGCAGCAAUGCUCAGCCCCGAGCCCCAGCACCGACCCUCGGCCCCGGGGGUCCUUGCGCACCCCUUUUUCUGGAGCCAGGAGAAGCAGCUACAGUUCUUCCAGGACGUCAGCGACCGCAUCGAGAAGGAGCCGGCCGAGGGGCCCCUCGUCUUGGCGCUGGAGGCGGGGGGGCGGGCGGUGGUGAGGACCAACUGGAGGAUGCACAUCUCGCUGCCGCUGCAGACCGACCUGAGGAAGUUCCGCACCUACAAGGGGGGCUCGGUGCGUGACCUCCUGCGGGCCAUGAGGAACAAGAAGCAUCACUACCACGAGCUGCCAGCUGACGUCCGGGCAGCCCUGGGCUCCGUCCCCGAUGACUUUGUCCAGUACUUCACCUCCCGCUUCCCCCGGCUGCUCCUGCACACACACGGGGCCAUGAGGGUCUGCGCCCGCGAGCGGCUCUUCCGCUCCUACUACUGCCACGGCCCGGGGGGCGAGGGCGAGUGAGGGGGGGACACACGCCACGAGGCUGCUGCGGCCGCUCCUCCCUGCCCCGCUCCUACCCACAGCCCCGUCUCCAGCGUCCUUCACCCCCUCGCCAGGGUGAGGUGGGACCCCCGGACCCCCUGGUCACCCAACGUGCUGGUGGGUUACGGUGGGGCGGGCGUAGGGUGGCACUGGGCUCCUGAGGAGCCCAAGAGGGACCCUCUGGGCACCCACCUUUGCAAACGCUCGAGGUCAGACUCAGCCGCCUGAAGGCAUUUGUGUUGGAGAACAAACCCCAAAACCUCUGCGGUGAUGGCAAAAGAAGAAAGGAGAAAAUGCAUGUUGCAUUUUCCUGAGGGGAGCUGGCAGGGUGCUGCAGCCAGGCUGGAGCCCCGGGGGGUGGUGACCAGGGAGCAGCAAGCUUCAGCCCCCGCGUCCUCCCCUGCCCCAUGCCUGGGAAAGCGGCUCUUUGAGUGUGUUCAGCACAGCUGGGACCAGGACCAGUACACCAGUCUUGACACUGGAGAGGCUCCUGCAGAGGAGCUCCUGGAGAGGCACAGUGGGUCAGCUUUUAGCAACCACCGUGGGGCUUGGACCCACUGAUUCCAUCAGGGCUGCCCCCAGCCCUGGAGGGCAGCACAAUUCCGAUAAUGAAGGUUUUAAUCUCAGCUGGGCUGAGAAAAAGGUUUUUUCCCUUUUGUUUACCAGCAGCCUGUAGUUAUGCCAGGGAAAUCCCUUCUCCCCAGGGAUCCCUUCCCUCCACAGCCUCUCCCGCUGCCCCAGGGCUGUUCUGGUUUAUGGCAUGCCCGUGGGCACGGGUUUCACAGGCACCAGCCUCCAAGGGCAGCACCCGCUGGGUCUGGGAGCAGCCGGUGCUCCUCAGCAAGGUUCCCACUCCAGAACAGCAAUAAUUUUGUACAGUCUGAUUCCUCUGUGUGCUGGGGUGUGGGAUUGUGUUACACAGGUAACAAGGGGUUUGUACCUGCUUUGGUUUCAGAACACUGUAGUGUCUAGAGCAUUUUCUAUAAAAAGUUGUAAAAAAAAUAAAAACUAAAAAGCUC